AGCAGCAGCAGCAGCAGGACUUCUCGCGCAUUCGGAAUCGAAGGAUAUCGGCAGCGUGUGGCCAGCUGGUGGCAGCCUUAUUACCAUCGCCUGUGCUGGCCCAUCUAGAGUCACGGAAGGCCUUUGGUUGGUUGGUUGGUUGGUUGGUUUUAGUGGUGUGUUUGUUGACUUCCACUAGCACCAGCAGCAGCAGCAGCAGCAGCACCAGCUCCCGGAUUGCCUUGUGUUAACGAGAAGGGGGUUCGUGGUUGUUAGUUCGAGGGACCCACCCCCCCUCCCUCUGCCAAGGAGGAAGUUAUGUAUUCCGUUUGGCGCUGUACCGUACCGCGGUGAACCGUCGUGUGUGUGUGUGCGCGCGUGUGUGUGUGUUUUUGGUGUGGCGUGUGUUUACGCAAAUCUCCAGGGCCAGUCCAGGGGUUCCCGAUCACACAUCCCUCAUCCACUCAACCCGCAAACGUUUCGCUGUCUCAACGGACCCCUCAGCCUCAGCCUCAGCCUCAGCAACCUCUAUCAACAGCAACCAGCAGCACCUUCAUCCCGAAUCCCGAUUGUCCCGGUGCUGCUUCCUGUUCCUGAGAUGGCGGACUCGGUGUCGCCAGAAGCUGAGUGCUUCGAGAUGCUGAAGGCGCUGUACGACUUCACCGCCGUCUAUCCGAAGACGAUCAGCUUCGACGAGGGCGAGUACUUCAUCCUGCACCAGACGAGCGCCCGGCAGCGGAACUGGUGGCAGGUGGUCAGCAUGAAGGGCAACAUCGGUUUCGUGCCGUCGAACUACGUGAUGAAGUUGAAGGUGAAUCCCAACUUCCUCAACGGGUUUCUCGAGUCGAGCAUCGAAUCGCUCCGGCUGUCGACCGACAAGGAGAUCAACGGUAUCAUCGGGCGGGACGAGCUGAUCGGCCGGUUGCUGCAGAAGAAGCGCAAGCUGGAGAAACUGCUGAAGUACGAGCAAUCGGAUAGCGAAUCGGAACCACCGUCCUCCUCACCCCGGAAGCUCGCCAACGGGCACGUGAGCCAGCCGCGCGAGGAGGUUAGCGGGGCAUCGGCUAACGGGGUUUCAUCGCCGGCUGCCGGUCUACAGUCGAGCAAAGCGGCCGGCCACCAGUUCAUACCGGAAAGCCCGAGCUUCGACGUGCUGGUGGCAAAGACGGGCGAAGGGGGGGCCCAGCCACAGCCAGAGGGAGGACCGGAGCCGGCAGCAGCGACCACGACCACGAUCGUGGCCCCGGUCGCGGACUGUACCGGGAACAGCAAUAACACUGUCUCGUCGGAGGUUUCGUCGGAGGCGGAAGCCACGACCAGCCACGAUACGGUGACGACGGCGACGCUCACCACGACCAGCGACGAGCUGACGGCCAUCUCGUGCGUCCAAACCGGGACGCCACCCAGGACGUCCCAGGAGAAGGGACGCGCGCACGAGUCGCAGGCGACGGCGGCGUCGUCGCCGGGCGUGCCCGAUCUAAAGCAGAACCAGGAACAGGAGCAGCCGGCAGCAGUAGCGGAAGAGGAGGACGGAGAAGGUGAGGAUGGGCAGCAUGGGUCAGCGGGCGGCACCGAUGGCGGUGGUGGAGCGGCGGGCGAGCUGGGCAACCAGACGGACCAGGAGCUGCAGGAGAUGGACGCGUCCGCCAAUGACGAGGACGACGUGACGGUGAGCGAGAACGAACCGCACCCGCCACCGCCGGGGCGCCGGGCUGGGAGAAGAACGCCACCCCCGCCCGGGACCGAGCCCGGCAUCGAACAAUCGGACGGAACUGCGCCGGCACCGGCACCGGCAGCGACAGCAGCGCAAGGUCCGGAUGGUCCGGCGUCGCCACCAGUGUCGCCGUCACCGACUCCGGUGACGAAGGUGGAACCGGCCGAGGUGUACCAGAUCGUGGACGCGAUACGGAACAGCACGCGGCUAAGCCACGAGCUGUCGUGUGUGGCGUUGCGGGUGGUGCUGAGUGAGCUCGAGGGGCUGUUACCGCCGGCCGUCGUCCGGCAGCACCUUGAACCGAUCGCUCACCAUCUGGCGGCUCCGCUCGACGUUACCGAUGCGCUGCUCGGUCAGACGCACGAUGCGCUCCGGCUGCGCGUCAUCUUUGCUGAGCUGUCGGAUUGUAAGAACGAUGCCGAGCAGCGUACCUGGAUGCUGCACGAGGAUGAAGCCGACAUUAGCCAGUAUCUGACCGAGCUGAUACGCAUCCUGACCGAUGCGGAUCCGAAGAUCUGUCGGGGGGAGAUGGCGUGCGACCACUACCAGAGCAUCAUCAACCUCGUGCUGUACUACCAGAUGGAGACGCGCUGGUCGAUCCGGAAGCUGCUGUUGAAGGCGUUCCACGCGAUGUGCCACCUCGACUACACCACGGUCGACAUUCUGCUCGGUUCGGUGCUACCGCUCGAGCUCGUCCAGGAGAUGGUUUCGAAUGCGCGCCACGUCGAGAAGCUGCAGGAGCUCGCUAACAUGCUCAUUAUCAUCUUCUCGAUCGGCCGCCGGAUGUCGAUCCAUCAGCAGGAUCAUUUGCGGGCGGACUUUGUCAUCUUUCUGCUGAACCUGAUCGAGACGCCGCCGGACUGUGACGUGCGGGAGGUGCUGCCGGACAUCAUGACCAACCUCAUUCUGUCGUUUAACCUGCAGUUCGAGCACUGCGGCGACAACGUGGUACUCGACGCGAUGGAGCAGCUCCGGACGGCCAAAACGUUCACCGAGAAGAUACUGAUGCUCAUCAACCGGGAAGAGGAUCCAGUUCACACGCUCAAGCACACGCCGGUCAGCAUCAAUCCGGUGCUGAAGAUGCUGGUCGAUCUGUUCAGCCGCCCGGAAACCGCCUCCAUCUUCUACACCAACGACAACAAGGUGCUGAUCGAUAUACUGGUCCGCCAGCUGUCGGAUCUGUCGGCCGGUGAACCGAUCCGGAAAUGGUACCUCGAGCUGUGCCGGAAGAUACUGCGGAACACCAACUACCCGGAGCACCAGCACCGCAAGCAGGACCUGAUGAAGAUCUUCACGCGCAUCUUCUGCGAGGAGAUGGAGUGCAGUGCCAGCGAUCAGCAGAUCGUGCGCGAGAUCGCCAACGAGUUCCCGCAGAUCUUCAAGGCGUAAACAUUUUCUUCCGAUAUUCGCAACAACCGCAACAACAUGAUUAUUCGCACGCUAAGGUCCGGUCAUAAACGUCAACUGGGUCAGACCCAGUCAAGUUUGUUGCAGCCAACGAGACUGGAGGUUGGGACUAACGCGGGAACCUCCAGCCGCCAGUCCAGUCCAGACCCAGAGCCAGAAGAUGAUGCAUUUACGGAAGUAGCAGCCAAGCAGCAGCCAAGCGUUGCAUAGAGUUACGGUACGGUACGGAAGGGGACAAAGAGAAGAUAGGACAAAGUUUAUACACGUUCGUUCGCAUACGUUUCGCAAUCACUCUCACUACGCUCACUCCGGGGUCCGGGACGAAUCGACGAUUGGAUCCGGGGAAACGAAGGCGGAUAGCCGGAUGUUUGCAAAACUCGUUUUUUAUAAUACUCGUUGAGCGAUUUUUUAAAACAGCUUCCCCCCCCCCACCCACUAGAAUUAGCCCAGUUACAAAACUUCUCUUCCGCGGGGUUCGUUCGUAUGUAAUGUUACUUGUUUUUUGUUUUUGCAUGAAAAGUGAAACGGUUGGUUGAUACGGAUACGCCGAGCGCCUAGAUUAUUUAUAACUAGUUAAAACGGUAAUACGGAGAAGGAUAGAGUCAGACUACUGUGUGCAUUGGAUGGAUGCUGAUGAUGAUGAUGCUUAAUACUGUUUUGCUAGCGCGAGUGGUCGCCGCUGCUGGUCUAAACCGUAGAGCGAUGGUCGUUAGGUGUGUGUUAGUGUUCUCCAAAGGUCGACCAACGAUAGCUAUUUACAUUUGUUGUUGGGCCGAACAACCGUGCCAAAAAGAAGAAGAAGAAGAAAAAAAGAAAAACCUUGGUUUGUUAUGGUUGGAACAUUUAAAAAAGGCGGGGGGAGCGGGGGAGGGGGAGGCCGUGCGCACCCAGUCCCCCCACACGCAAUGAGAUCGAAUCUUAGUCUAGUCAGUCAGUUCCUGCCGGUCACCGAGCAGAGAACGCAAAGAAUAGUUCAAAGCAGGCUGUUUGAUUUGGAUUUAACAAUUAACCAACCAACCAACCAACCAACCAAACAACGGGGCAGCAAAACCCGAAUAUUCCCAUUUCCCGAUACACACACAAACACUGCAGACGGUGUUUUGAAGCCAAAUGAAGCCAAAAAGAAAGAAAGAAAGAAAGAAACAAAAAAAUACAUUGCACACAGUGUAACAGAGCGAAAACCCAGAGAUUUAGCAAUUCGUAACGUAAUUUCCAACGUCAACGGCCAACGAACACAAACCAGAGAAUGAAAAACCCAAAAAACAUCCCCCAAUUUAAAGCUCAAAUAAAAGGAAAUUUAAAAUUAAAACAAAAAAAAAAAACAA